AUGAAAAUCAGUCAAAUAAGAAGAAAGGCAGACUUGUCACUAAUAGUUAGGAAAAGAUUACCUUCUUUUUUAAAAAAAGAAAAAAUAAACUUAAGAAAAAGUAAUACGAAUAAUAACAACAAUGACAUUAACGAUAUUAACUUUAAUAAGAAAAAAGUUAAGUACAAUCAAAUUCCGCAAUUUGUUCAGGCCAUAAUAAAAUUUACGAAAAAAAAUAAAGGUUGGUGUGAUGAAGAUGAUGUAAUAAAUAAAAAUAAAAUAAUAUAUUUUAAUAAUUUGUUAAGCGAAAUUCCAAAACACAAAGCUUCGCUUACAUCAGCCCUGAUACAUGAAAUAUAUCGUUGCUUAUAUAAGUUGAACUAUAUAAAGAUAGACGUUAUUUUUACCUUAUUUAGCAUAUUAACAAAUAAUACUUUAGAUUUUUCAAAUUUAAGUGGAUAUGUAAAUUGUGAUUUUAAGGAGUUAAUAAAUAUAACCAAAUACUUGUAUCACUUUCAGAAUAUAUGUAAUACUAAUAUUCAGAGCAUUCUUUACAACAAUGAAAAUUUUAAGCUAAUAAAAACUGUUGAAAGAUAUUUGAGGGAGCAUGCUAAGAAUGAAAAUUCGUUUAAUAGGAACACAUGUUGUAGCAGUGUAAUUUAUAAUCAUAUUUAUAAUUACAUCUUAAAAUUCGAUAACCCAGAUAAUAUAGAUAUUCUACUGUAUUCUUUAAUAAAAGGAAAAUAUGCGAAUACAGCUAAACAAAAUGUAAAACAUGAAAAGGAUUUAGCGUUGCCAUCUGAUAACUUUUUAAAAAAGUUGGGUACAGCAUCACCUGAAGGUGAUAAUUUUAUAUAUGAAAAAAACAAUCUUUUAAAAAAACACGAAAAUGAUAGUGUCUGUAUUUCAUCCUUAAAUGAGGGGAACAGUCACGAUAAACUUAAUAAGAAUCGGGAGGAAAAUGAAUGGAUUUAUUACCCCCAUAUGAAUCACCCCAACAUGGAUUCCUCUCGAACAAAUUGUGCCAAUACGAAUUCUUCCCACAAGGAUGAUAAUAAGGAGCUACUAAUUGAAUAUAUAAGCAAUUUUUACAAAAUAAAUGAUAUGUUUAACUAUUUGUUGAACAAGGUCGUAAUUUACUUUAACGAAAAUGCGCAUAUAUUUGACUUUUAUAAUUUAAAAUUGUUAUUUUUCUUUUUAGGAAAAUUUCAGAAAUAUGACUUAAACUUAUUAGAAAAAAUUUCAAGUAGAAUAAUGGAUGAAAUUGAAAAAAUGAAAGUUAAUCCUAAGCUCUUGAAUAAUGAUCAUCUUACAGAGGAAAAUAAAAAGUAUAAUUAUGCAAAUAAUAGAAUUAAAAAAUUAAGGAAAAAGUAUUUAAAUACAUAUAUGAAAAUAGACUCAAAAGAAUUCCUUAUCAUACCAUACACAAUUGGAAUUUCCAUGAAUAUAUAUUUUAAUAAUUAUUUAAUUGAAUAUGUAAAUAUAUAUAUAUUAAGUUUAAUCAAUUCGAGGGUUAAUUGUGAUAUGGAGAAUUUCAUUUAUUCUCUAAUAGGGUAUAAAUAUAUUAUGCUGCGCUUUUUUAUUCUGUAUAAUAUUUGCUUGUUUAAGGAAAAAAGCAUAAAAAAUGAGAAAAUAUUACACAAGUAUAAUUUAUUCAUAAGGAAGUUAAUUAAAAAUGCAGAAGGUACUGCAAACACAUAUACUACACAUAGGUUAAAUGUAAUAGGGGAGCAAAUCCAAAACAGCCACAUAAACAACAUUAACAGUAUUAACAAUAUUAGUAACAUUAACAGUAUUAACAGUAUUAACAAUAUUAACAAUAUUAACAGUACUAACAAUAUUGAUAAUUAUCAUUACUACUUUCCUAAUACUUCUAAUAAUAAAGAAGUUCGUGAUUUUAUUCCAACAAAUGUAGGGGAUGAUAUAUCUAAUCGGGGAACAUGCCUUGAUAAAUAUGAUUAUGCAAAAAAUAAAGAAAACAUGUUACACGAAAAAAGUAAUCACAUACAUGAUAACAAAAUAGAAUAUAAUUAUUUAAACAAAAUAGACGACAAAAAAAAUCAAGGAGAAUAUGCAAUAGUAAGUCCCGAUUAUGUUUUCAAUCUUUUACUUAAUGAGUUUCAAAUGAACAUAGAAAAUAUACAUUUGGUAAAUUUUGAUGAGAAUUUUAUAUAUGAAAAAUAUAGUAGCGUACAACUUCAAAACUUUUAUUUUUACUAUAAAAAAUUAUUUGAUAAGGUGUAUAAUUAUGCUAUAUUUUUAUUAAGUAAGUAUGAUAUUAAUGACAAGCUCAGAAUUUAUAAAAAUUUGAGGUCUCUUUCGUUAAGUGAUCAAAUCAUAAAUGACAUAUACAUUGAAGUACUCUAUGAAAAAAUUGUUCUUAAUUCGAAUAGAAAUAUAAUGAAUGCCUCAACUACUUUGAAAUAUAUAAACAAUUCAUAA